GGCCGGGGAACUGCUUCAACUGAGGUAUUCGAACCAGAUGGAUAGAAAUAAUGUGAUCCACAGACUGAACACCAGUUCUACUCAGCUUUACUGGACUCCAAAAAUCGUAAGUACUACAAACUCAUUGGCUCCUGGCACCUUGAAAAGGAUUCCUGCACCUCCCAAAUCCCGAGCCAGUCCCUGCCCCUCCCCCACCAAGCACCCGCCACCAUUGACCAUGAGGACAUGGCCGGAGACCCCACCGAUGACGACACAUCUGCCACCGCUGGGCACACCACUUCUGGGACCGCAGAUGCGACUGCUGCGGCAGUCACCACCUCCACUUCCAGUUGUAACACCACACACCACCCUCACCGCUGCUGCCGCCGCCCACCCUGUUCCUCCCACUGCCGACGGAACCCAGCCCAUGGCUGAUGCCGACGGAACCCCGCCCACAGCUGACGAUCUCAUCGCUCCGCCCACAACCUCAACAGCCGGGAACCCCAGAGUAGACAGCCACACAGAGCCCUGCUGAGUCUUCACCAUCCCUGUAGACCUCCCACUGACUAGGAUGAACGGUCAUUCCUAAGCAAGGGGCUCACCUUUGUCCCCCCACAACCACACAUCAACAAAUACCAGUCACGUUUGGACAUAGAGCAGUUUUUCCGCCGUCUUCACCUCCACGCUUACUUCUUCAACCGGGAGCCUAACCCUCCCUCCACUGACCCCUUCACCCGCCUCCAACACAAGUUGUCCUCCUGGACACCACCCCCAGGCCUCCUACCCUCCCUCGACCUCUUCAUCUCCAACUGCCUCCGAGACAUUAACCGCCUCAACCUCUCCACCCCUCUCACCCACUCCAACCUCUCCCCCGCAGAACGGGCAGCCCUCCGCUCCCACCCCAACCUCACCAUCAAACCCACAGACAAGGGUGGCACAGUGGUAGUACGGCGCACUGACCUCUACAUCGCCGAGGCCAAACGCCAACUCUCCGACACCACCUCUUACCGCCCCCUCGAUCAUGACCCCACCCCCGAGCACCAAACCAUCAUCUCCAACACCAUUCAUGACAUCAUCACCUCAGGGGACCUCCCACCCACAGCCUCCAACCUUAUUAUUCCCCAACCCCGCACGGCCCGUUUCUGUCUUCUUCCCAAAAUCCACAAACCUGCCUGCCCUGGUCGACCCAUUGUCUCAGCCUGUUCCUGUCCCACUGAACUCAUCGCCACCUAUCUGGACUCCAUUUUCUCCCCUUUGGUCCCGGAACUCCCUGCCUACAUCCGUGACACCACCCACGCUCUCCACCUCUUCCAGAACUUCCAAUUCCCUGGCCCACAACACCUCAUUUUCACCAUAGAUGUCCAGUCCCUAUACACCUGUAUUCCGCAUGCAGAUGGCCUCAAGGCCCUCCGCUUCUUCCUGUCCCGCAGGCCCGACCAGUCCCCAUCCACCGACACCCUCAUCCGCCUAGCCGAACUCGUCCUCACCGUCAACAACUUCUCUUUCGAUUCCUCCCACUUCCUACAGACAAAGGGGGUGGCCAUGGGCCCCCGCUAUGCCUGCCUCUUUGUAGGUUACGUGGAACAGUCCCUCUUCCGCACCUACGCAGGCCCCAAACCCCACCUCUUCCUCCGUUACAUUGAUAACUGUAUCGGCGCCGCCUCUUGCUUCCCCAGAGGAGCUCGAACAGUUCACCCACUUCACCAACACCUUCCACCCCAACCUCAAGUUCACCUGGGCCAUCUCCAACACAUCCCUCACCUUCCUGGACCUCUCAGACUCCAUCUCAGGCAACCAGCUUGUAACUGAUGUCCAUUUCAAGCCCACCGACUCCCACAGCUAACUAGAAUACACCUCCUCCCACCCGCCCUUCUGCAAAAAUUCCAUCCCCUAUUCCCAAUUCCUCCGCUGCAUCUGCUCCCAGGAUGAGGCAUUCCACUCCCGCACAUCCCAGAUGUCCAAGUUCUUCAAGGACCGCAACUUGCCCCCCGCAGUGGUCGAGAAUGCCCUUGACCGCGUCUCCCGCAUUUUCCGCAACACAUCCCUCACAGCCGGCCCCCGCCACAACUGCCCAAAGAGGAUCCCCCUCGUUCUCCCACAGCACCCCACCAACCUCCGGAUACAACGCAUCAUCCUCCGACACUUCCGCCAUCUACAUUCCGACCCCACCACCACCCAAGACAUUUUUCCAUCCGCACCCUUUUCUGCCUUCCAGAGAGACCACUCUCUCCGUGACUCCCUUGUUCGCUCCACACUCCCCUUCAACCCCCCCCACACCCGGCACCUUGCCCUGCAACCGCCGGAAGUGCUACACUUGCCCCCACACCUCCUCCCUCACCCCCAUCCCAGGCCCCAAGAUGACUUUCCAUAUUAAGCAGAGGUUCACCUGCACAUCCGCCAAUGUGGUAU